AUCAAGUGCGCGUAAAGGCAGUAGAGGCACUUACACUGCAAGUACUUACACCAGUACGCAAGGUACUGCAUAGUGUAUACACAGUAAGAGCAGACGCUCGGGCCAUCUCUUCUACGCCGUUGCGCCGUCCCAACUUUGAACUUUUGGCACCUUACCAUACGGGCCGCAAGUCAUAGGUGCCUGCCUGACCUCGCGAUAAUAAAAGCCAAAUUUAUUAGAUAAGGUGCCGUCAUUCAAAUUCCAGGUACCGAGACGCCUCCCAUUCUAACUAAGUUUUGCCUUUACCACUAAUGUGACGCCGGAGCAGAAGUGACGGGAAGGAUGACACAUUGAUUGUUCAACCUCAUCCCGGCACGCGGAGAAAGAAAAAAGAAGAAGAACAAAAAGGUUACCGUCUGCCUCUCUGGCUUCCACUUUGCUUCUGCACUCCCGUCCCUCUUCCCUGUGCCGAUCUGCCCCCAGUACAAGCACAUCGCUGGAUUUCCGCUCGACAGUCUCCUCGACUCUGGACCCCGAAUCCCAGAGCUGAACUCUUUCUCCAUACCUCUGACGUCUUGAACAAAUCAGCUCCCGACAACUCAGCGUCCAGGAUCCGGACCAGCAGUUGCGAGACGCGCACAUAUAUUGGCAGCCAACACACCUUGGGUGUGCACCUGGCGAGCCGCGCCAUGACGUCCUCCUCCUCACUGGACCGUUUUCCCGAUGAGCUCAUCCGCCACAUCCUUCUAUAUGUCUCGCCCGAGGACAACGUCCUGAACAUUCAGCCAGUCUCGCGGCGUUUCUACCACAUUGCCAACGAACCGCUCUUAUGGCGAUAUCUUUGCCGAAACUCGUUUACUUUCUGGGAGCCUGAACACUGCUUCUUCGCGAAACUGUCGGACCCGAGACCAACUACUAUCGAGUGGAAGAAGCUAUGGCUUCGAAGGAAAAGGCAGAACCACUUGAUUAAACGCCUCCUGGACGAGAUCCUCACAACGAGAUACCACCAGCUGAAGAAUCUCCAGCGCAUCUGUCAGUUCGGUUACGACGCCAAGGACUUUCUUUUGGAGCAAUGUCACGUCGAUGAAUCCCACGAUGACGUUCUGGCCAGAAGGUACUAUGCGAAUUCAGCAUUGGACAGUAUCCACAGAGGCAUGGCUGUAGAGGUAUGGUCUAAGUGCUAUGAAACGGGGACCGAUCCGUACUCGGGGCUCGACCGUGCUCUCGGCGCAUUCGACCUGUUCGUUCUACACGACCAGCCCCAAGACCUUGAAUACAUACUAAGCACACUAGACACGCUCGCUCAGAGAUUUAUGCUGGAGCACCCAGAACAUAAGAUCAUGUCGACAAGGCAGAAGGCUCUAGCCUUGAAUCGCUGGCUGAGGGCCCAGAAUCUCAUGGGGAUGGAGAACGAGACCGUCAACUACCACAACCUGAGGAACUGCCUUCUAGGGCACGCCCUGUCUGACGACGAGCAUCCGUCACUUCCCAUAAUCUCGAGCGCCAUAUUUGCUUCGGUUGCCGAACGCCUCGGCAUGUCAAGCGCAUGUUGUGCAUUCCCGAGCCAUGUCCACGCGUCUGUGAAGGCUCCUCCAGGUAUGACCUUGGAUGGUGAUGUGGAAGAGGACCCCAAAGCCGAACCGGAAACUAUGUAUCUGAACCCUUACAAGUGGGAUGGGGAGGUCACACUUGAUGAGCUUAGGAGGGCACUGGUCGAGUUGGGCUGGACUCAAGGGUCAGAGGUGUUUCUGAGGGCGUCGCCUGUGCCAAUCAUCGUCCUCCGAACAGCGGCCAAUAUCAAAGCCGCCACGAGUCGAAUUCAAAAUCUCGCCGACCGAUCAGGGGAGCCCAUCGAGGUCGAAGCGAAGCGGUUGCGGGCGGGUCAUCCAGACAUCAACGUGGAGGCGGCCAAGUACGCCUCAAUGUGGGCCGAACUGAUGGUCAAGCCGGUUUCCAGUGUUCACUGGGACCAUAACCUUGAGACCUUUCUGCACUCAUUUGCCAUGUCGUGGGGCGAAGACGCCUGGAUCGUUCGCAAAUAUCUUCUUCCGAUGUACGAACAAUUCGUCGCAUCGCAACCGCACGUGCGCAACCGGGCUGGAUGGGAAAAUGUCCGCGAGAUUCUCAACAUGCUAGACAACCUCGACAGGAGGGAGGCGGUCGUCACCCGUCGCUACACGCAGGAGAUGCAGGAGCGCGUGCGCUACAGGAUCGGCCAGGUCUUCCGUCACAAGAGAUACGGAUGGAUCGGAAUCAUCAACGGCUGGGCAGCUGGGUCUGCAGGCCUUCCGGUUCCGCACUACCUCGAUGGCUACGAGGAUGAAGUCCAGUCUCCAACGACUUCUCCCAGAUCUUCAGGGGACAGGCUGCACUCAGAAGGUCAGCUAAGGCCUCAGUUGGCCAGAGUGUUUUAUACAUGCAUGAGUUCCAAGAGACCUAGGAUUGACCGCUUGCGGGUGGCUCAGAACAGCAUCGAGAUUAUCACCGAUCCUAACCUCAUUCCCGAAUCGCUCAAAUUCCUGGCGGGCAAGUAUUUCAAGCGGUUUGACAGAAAAACCUGCACUUUCGUAUCGAACAUUAAGGAAUCGUACCCCGACGACUAGAUGUCUCUGAGUCAAUCUGUUCAGUGAUCUUUGGAUCCUGCAGAGGAGAUAAUGGAAAAAGAUGUUGAGGGAUGCAAAAGGGGGAGCCGCGGGAGAUGCAUGUAUUAUGUUGUACAAUAAGAGAGAUGUUGGAGCCGCAGCGUUGUUGAAAUAUAUGUAUACCUUGUACAACAGCAAAGCAACUAUCACAAUGACAUUGAAGAAUUGACGGGAACUGCCAGAC